AUGGAAGGAAAUUUAUUUACGGCAUUCAUCUUGUAUAUGUUUACACUCGGUUUUGCUAUCCCUGUAUUUCUCAUUAUCCUAUUUUAUGGCCUACUCGUCGGCCGAUUAUUUACACGUUAUCACUCGUCGCGAGUUUCACAGGUACCAGUUAAUCGUAUUGCAAUCUAUACUAUGGCUAUUUCUAUAUUUUUUGUCGUUUGUUGGAGCCCCUACUGGAUUGCAGCAUUGUAUGGUUUGUAUAGAACGCAGCGUCCGCUUAAUCGGCCUGCUUCCACUACUUUUAUAUACGUUAUGUAUGGCAUUCAUGCAUUACCAUACGUCAACUCUGCUAGCAACUGGCUUUUAUACGGUCUUUUGAAUGGUCAAUUGAUCAGGCGAGCGAAUAUUCAAAAGAAAUCACUAGUAAUUGAUAAUAAAAUCAAUGAAUUCAAUGAUAAACUUGUUCAAUCACCGAAUUUCUUUAAUUCUCAACGAGUUGUUGGACGACUUAGUCUUUUACCAAAUACAACUGAUUCAUUAUUAUGA